CACUCAUACGCCCAGAAAAAUUACUUCAGCCCCAACAGUAGCAGCAACAUGAAGAGUUUAGCUUUCAAAUCUCUAAUGUUGAUAAUGGUUUUACAAGAUGUUACAACAGUUUUAGCUAAACCAACAACAAAGGCACCCAUUGCUAUUGACAAGACACAACCUGUCUACGAGUUACAAUUGGCCGUUUGGCCAACGGAUGUCGAUGAUAUUAUUGAGGCGGUUAUGCCACCCAACAAUGAAAUUCCCCUGCACACAUUGAUAGAACAGCCAGUGGCUGUUAUGCCCGACAUGGACUAUACACAAGAUGAUGUAAUCAGUGAUAAUUUUGCCGAUGAUGAUGAAGACCUUGAUGUUAUUUAUGAUCCCAGCAGUGAUUUGUGGCCAACGAUAGUUGGUGUUGAACCAGACCCACCCAACCAACCGGACACGGUAAUUGUAUUGGAAAAUUAUCAUCAUAAAUACGGCAACGGAAGUGAAGAAUAUAAAUUAGUGAUGAGCAAUGGCAUGGUUAACUAUCAACGUAUUGAUCAUGUUUUGGUGAAGGGUGUUUUGAAGCCAGUGCAACAGGGUUAUUAUACGGUGCCUUCCUUAACGCCGGGUCUCAGGGAAUCAUAUCAAACAACUUAUUAUCGUGCUGAUAAAAAUGGUUAUAAUGUGUAUAAAACUGAAACAAGUCCACGUAAUCCAGCUUAUGAUGUAUAUUUGCAAUAUACCAAGGAUCAAGAUGCGAAACUUCAAUAAAAUUUAUUUUAACAAGUAGAAACAAAUAAUUAAACAAAUUAAAAAAUAAACGAUUGGACUUUUUGAAAAGAA